CAUCGACUACUACUGUCUGCAGAGAAGAACCAUGACGUCAUAUUCGCGAGACAACAGGGUCACUUGCUGAUUUUACAGAAAGCUUCAAAAAUCUCUGUUCAAAAAGCGUUUUAAACACUUAAAAAAUGUCUACUGCGAUGAAUUUCGGGUCGAAGAGUUUCAAACCUCGGGCUCCGGAUAAAGGCUCGUUUCCUCUGGAUCAUUUCGGAGAGUGUAAAAUCUUCAAGGAGACGUUUAUGAAAUGCCUGAGAGACAACAGCUUCGACAACGCCAAGUGCCGACUGCAGUCCAAAGAUUACCUCGAGUGCCGCAUGGAAAAUCAGCUGAUGGCAAAGGAGCCUAUGGAGAAACUGGGCUUCAAAGACCUGAUGGAACCCCCUCCCAGCCAAGCAGACGGAGACACAAAACCAUGACCUGCUGCAGCUUCAUAUCGGACUAUAUGCUGUUGAUAAGAUGAAAAACAAGUCCUGCAAAAGCGUAUUAAAGACUGCUGUGAGCGUGAGGCUGAGAAUAAUUUAAGCCUGCAAGAGGAGAUGCUGGGUUUGCUUUGUUUUUACUUCUGUGUACAUAAGAUAUCAUGUAUAAUAUAUAGAGAUGCUGUUUUGGCAG